CGCUUCCCCUCCCCCAUUGCGCGCGCUCGCGGUUCCCAGGCUCAGGGUUCCCGUGUGGAAAUAUCCAAGAUGUCCGCCGGCGCGCCCUGGACCCCCCACAGCCUGUGACACGGCGGCGGUUGCUGGUCACUGUGACAGAGCCGGGAGAAGGAGGCGGGACACCCCUCUGUCAUCAACAGCCAGGGCCCAUCCUCACCUCCUGCCUGGGGCCCAGGACACGAUCGUCAGCGAGCGGGGAGCCCGGAAACUGAGCCGCAACAAAGAGUAAGGUGUGACCUACAAAUACAAGCUGCAUUGAUCCUUAACGUGCCAUCAGUGAGUGAUCUCCUGCCAGCUGUUGAAUUCAUUGACGUUUUGGACAUGAGGACAGUGGCUGUUUUAAAAAUAUAUGCCAUAAAAAGGUUUUCUUUGAAUUAUCAGAAUGAUGAACCAUUCUUUGGAAAACUCCAUUCCAUAUGAAGACUACUUGAGAAUGAAAGCCCAGACAAUACCUCCUCAACGUAUGAAGGAAUUCUUAGACUCGCUUAAUGGAAAGGGAACUGAAGAAAUGCAGCAAUUUGUACAUUCUCCAAUAUCGGUAUAUCAGCAAAGGAAUCAUUAUUUUUAUAUGGACAGCACUGAUGUGGCAGGUUCUUUGUUGGAGCUAGCAAGGCCUAUUGCAUCUCCAUUACAACAUCCUACUGUCAGCCCUGGAGUUCCUCUUGAACAGCAUCACAUUCCCAUGCACCAUGUACAGUUGAGACAGGGACACCACUUAGAUGUUCCAACAAGCCCAUCAAAUAAGAACCUGCAACAUCAGGCAGAGAACCAAUCUGUUACUGAUGGACAAAGUUCUAAUGUUAUUGGUACAUCUAACUCACAGGAUAGAAGAUCUUGCUCAUCUGGAUUAUCUCAGCCUGUGAAAAAACGUAAAUUUGACUUGCCAAUCGAGGACAGCUAUACUAUUAACCACACGUCUUUGCAGAAUACUCCGGCCACAGUUCUAGCUCUACCUGUUCAGAGCCAGCAACAAACCUAUAUUCCUCUUCGCCAAGAACUGCUAACUGUGGAUAGUAGUCAGUUGUACGGAUUAGUCCCAGCAAGUACAUCGACAGCUGGGCAGUUGCCUAAUGUAGAAUCAUGGGCAAUAUUUUCUGCUCAUGCUACUUGUCCAGAGUCUCAGACUAUUAUGCACACUUCAGUUCCUCAAGACAGCUGUGGCGCUGUACAGAUGGGUGAGAUUCCCAUGAGUGCAAGCAGUAUAAAACUGGAGGAGAGCAAAGAGGGCUAUGAAGCCAAAAAGAAUAUCUCUGAAAAAUCUGUGCAUACACCUAGUACGUCAGGAUAUCCUAUGCCGUUAAUCAAUAUGAAUGGAAAUAUCCAGAUACCACUGUCUGUGCAAGCUGGGGGAAGAGUCUAUCAAUCAGCUAAAUAUUGGGACCAGCAAGGGCAGUCUCCAGGCAUGCAGUGCUCUCCAUCCGAAUCUCACAUGCGUUUGCAAAAUAAUGCAGAUUUUCCUUGCACUUUAAAGCCAGAUGAAGGAGCUUUAUUUUGGAGGACCUGGGCACAGUUAAAAAAUUCUGAAACGAUGAAAGAAGCUGAAAGCAGGAUACAACAGUUUGGAAGCAGAAAACCCAUUAUAUUUAGGGAAGAUGUUCUAUCUGUGCCAAUAGCAGAAUUAAAUUAUGGAUUGUGCCUAAUGACCAAAGAAGCUAGGAAGCAUGAUGGUUCUCCAUACGAAGCAGACAUGUUGUAUUAUUUAUUUCUUUGUAUGCAGAAGCAUAUGUUUGAUAACAACCGUAUUGAUAAUGUUUUUGCUGACCUAUACUAUUCUAAAUUCUUGGAAAAGCUUCAUGAAGUUCUUAAAGGAUGGUGCCCACGUGUAAAUCCAUUUGGUUAUGUAAUUUCAAGCUGCGUUGCAGAGGACAUGUUGUGGGACUGUAAACAGCUUGGUGCUCAUUCGCCAACUACACUGCUUUUUACUUUAAUGUAUUUCAAUACCAAGUACUUUGUGUUGAAAAGUGUCGAGCAGCAUUCACAACUGGCUUUUUCUAAAAUUACAAAGCAAACAAGAAAGAAUCCAGGAAUCGGAAAAGACAAAAACUGUACAAUACGAUUUCUACGACUUUAUGGUCAGGUGCAGAGUGGCUUAAAAGUUGCAGAAGAAACUUAUGUAGAGCAGCUGGAAAAUCCAGAUAAUCCAUUGCAAUGUCCCAUUAAGUUGUAUGACUUUUAUCGCUUUAAAUGUCCUCAGGGUGCCAGAGGCCCCACAGAUGCGUUCUACUUGGUUCCGGAACCAGUGGUCGCACCGAAUAGCCCGAUUUGGUACUCUGCGCAGCCUGUGAAUGAAGAAGUGAUGGAGCAAAUGUUAACCCGAAUAUUACUGGUUAAAGAGGUCCAGGAAACUCAUGCUAACUCCCGAAUCUCUUCAUAUUAAUCACUUCUCUGUGUUAUAUCAAAAUGUGUUGAUCCAAUUUAUUUGUAAAGCAUGAUUAAAUUGUGUAGAUUAUUUGCUUUACUGUACUUUAUUCCACAGGAAAGUGCUUUGAGAAUACAGAGCACUUCUCACAUUCUAUAUUUGUUUGCCAUGUACAAAAAGCACAUUUACUGCAGAGUCUGUAUGUCUGUUUUGAUCUAAUUUAUGCUGACACCAUGUUGAGCACUGCAUACACAGUGCUGAUAUCACCUUUAUGGAGUAAAUUAUCACUCCGAAUCAUUAUAAUUUAGUUACUGUAAAUAUCUAUCUUUCUUUGGCUAUUUUUUUCAUAUAAAAAAAAAAUGCAUAUGAGGUCACUUCUCACCUUAUCUUAUAAUUCAGAAAAAAAUAUGUACCAUGUGAAAAGAUUGUACAUAUGAAAUAAUUGUUCGUUUGUAACAAGCGCUUAGCAAUUGUAUAAUUUAUUAAUCAGUUUAGUGCAAUGCAGCCAUAAUCAUGUUUUUAAUGAAACAUGCUGAAAUUAUGGAAUCGUACAGUUUUUUCCUUUUCUAUAAGGACGAUGCUUCCAUGAUGACCCUAGUUGCGGAGAAACCGAAUUUGGAAAAACACAAACAAACCCCUGCUACAAUCUUGUGAGGAUAACCACAUUGCAUCCUUUAUUUUCUUUUCACUACACUUCGAAAGAUCUCCAAACACUAUAAUUUGGUUCAUUUCUUGACUGUCUCUUUUUAUUUCAUGUUAUGUUACUAAAACUGGGUUCACAGGAAGCUUUCUACAUUGUUGGAAUAUUUCCAGCUUUUGUGUUUGACGUUGUGGGUGUAUUUUGUGCCUAAGUAAAAUGUCACUACAAGAUAUGACACUUUAACACCUACUUUUGUGCAUGCACAGAAGGGUUUGCACAUCAUGCUGGGAAAACUAUACAACCUUACCUCAAAAUCCAGUCAUGCCGUGCCUUAACACAAUCCGGGCACUUGGAUUUAGUUCAGUGGUGACUGUAAUGUAAAUUUUGAUUGUGUUUUUAGUACGUUCACUUUUACAGGGAGAUUUGUAUAUUUUCACAGAAACUUUAACAUGGAAAUCACUGACUAAUAGGAAAAAAAUGAGUUUGUUAUAUCUGAUGUAUGCUAGAUUUCUGGUAUCUUUGUUAUUUAAUACAGAUUGAGCACUAAUUUUGAUUUGAAAUAAAAUUGCAAUUGAAUGUA